GAUAUGUACAGUUGCAACGGCACGGUUCUUCACCACAAUCUUGACCUCUGGGCUGACCCUGCCCCCACGGACAACUUUCGAUCCUCAAGUAUGUGGCCGAUGGGUGCAGCAUGGCUUGUUCAACACAUGAUGGAGUAUUACCGAUUUACGAAUGAUACAAACUUCCUGGAAAAGACUGUUUACCCCUACUUGAUUGACGUUGCCACAUUCUAUUACUGUUACACGUUUGAGUAUGAAGGCUGGCAGGUCACUGGACCCUCAUUAUCACCAGAGAACACCUUCAAAGUGCCUAGUCGCAUGUCCAGAGCUGGAAGCAGCGAGCCCAUGGAUAUCAACAUAGCCAUGGACGAUCAACUCAUGCGCGCCGUAACUAUCGCCCUAAUUGAGGCAGCAGAGGCAUUGGGAAUACCCGACACUGAUAAAGAUGUUUCCAACGCGAAGGUGUUCUUGCCACUAAUUAGGCCGCCUCAGAUUGGAUCUCAGGGCCAAAUUUUGGAGUGGCGGUUCGAGUACGAGGAACCAGACAGAGCUCAUCGCCACUUCUCACCAUUAUACGCACUAUUCCCUGGUUACGAGUUCACGCCGCUUUUUAAUAAGACACUGUCGAAAGCUGCAGGCGUUCUAGUUGAUCGACGGAUUAAUAGUGGAAGUGGUAGUACGGGCUGGAGCCGCACCUGGGCAAUGAACCUCUACGCUCGCCUCUUACGUGGUGAUGAUGCCUGGAAAAUGGUCCAGGCCUGGUUUGCAAAGUUUGCGACAGAGGGAUUAUGGAAUACUGAUCACGGCGCAACUUUCCAGAUUGAUGGCAACUUUGGUUUUACAAGCGGUGUUACUGAAAUGCUUUUGCAAAGCCACGCUGGCAUCCACAUUCUCCCUGCCCUCCCACGCGCAAUUCCCACGGGUUGGUUAAAAGGACUGACCGCUCGUGGAGGUUUUGUAGUUGAUGCUCAAUGGGAGAAUAGUAAGUUCAAGACCGCCACUGUGACCUCGAACAGUGGAUCAGAUUUGACACUCAGGGUGUCCGACGGAAUCGACAUUUUGGUCGAUGAUAUCCCAUAUGCUGGGCCUGUUCAGACUGUCAAAGGGCGAGAAUAUGUGAUUACACCAGCAUAGGUAGUAUUGGCUAUUAAAUCUUGAUAUCUGCCUUCCUUGUAUUCCACGUAUCGAGUUGGGGAUAUUCGAAUCAACCUCGCCUCUCACCUUUAGCGAUUCUCAACAAAUGGAUCUUCCGACCCUGCAGUCGAUAUGCAAUACUUGGUAGGGUGUGGACGCGCACUGUGGCGGCGUGGCGGUCGCAUAUGUUCUGCUCCCCGUCGCCUGGUGUUGCCGGGUCGCCUUUUGAUACAGAAGCAAACAUCUAAAAUGAAUGCAAAUGAACUGAAUCACACAGUUUGACUGAAUAAUGAUAAGGGACUUGGAAAACUUUCCUACCAAUGAACAAUAUUAGUAGGCCGAGGUAUGCUUGCCGGUAUGCACGGAGAGAUGCGUCUCUAGGGCAUAAAUGUAAA